GAUAACAAACAAACAAAAAAAACUCAGCUUGGACUACAUGGACUUUCCCCGCGUGAAUCAAUAUUCAAGCCCUGAGCUCCCUGUUGAGCAACGAGGCCAAAUAGAAGAGGCAGCUGAAAGACCGAUGGUAGAAAGGGAGGGCUCUGAGAUGUCAUGUGUAGAAAAGCAGAUUCUCAUUGGAGGCAGAGGGGGGAAAAAAAAGAGAAAAGCUGUUAUGCAUGUUAAGAGAGCCUCACACAUCUUGAAACCAUCUAGCCUGGCCUGAUAAGCUGUGGACUGGGGAAAACGUGGCAAUCGUUAAGAGGCUUUGAGGAAGACCUCCAUGAAGACUGGGAGGAUGUUCUCCAAGUGGAAGUGGCUGAUUUUGAUCCAGCUCCUGCUGACUGAACAGGCAUUAUGCAGAGUCGCACCUCCUCCUCCCAAAGUGGACAAUGUGCUUCAAGAAACCCCCAUGGAUACAGAGGCUGAGGAGAAACGGGUCAAUCGUGCUCUCCUGGCUUCCAGUCCCCAGCCAGCUCUCUCUUCCGCAGACAAACCUGAGCCUACGCCAACUCUCUCACAAAAUGUGGAGAAUGUCCGAUCUGCUCAACUCAUGACAUCGACUCUUUCGGCUAAGCUUCGGGGUCAGGUUCAAGAUCACCUGCACGGAAACAUCAGCUGUGAGGAGCUGCUAUCUGCCAGCGCUUUGGAUGAUCCGUUAUCUUCUGCAUUCCCUCAGGAGCUACUGGGACUCUCCCUAGUGCCGGUCCUGGUGGUGUCAGGCUGCUCACAGGAGGCUCAGACUCUAGUCAUGAAGCUCUACAACCUGCUGGGAAAGGCUGAUACCGAGGAGCUCCUGAUGGAGUUGGUGGCUCUCAUGGAGAGGAAGAUGAGCAGCUCUACAUCUACACCCGCACCAACGUCAACAGCGCUGCCUUCAGAGAGAGAAGAAGCAAGUCAGCAUCUAGAGGGUGUGAUGUUUAACAUUCAGCAGCUGGCAUCUACAGGGGAUGGUACCCAAGCAUCACAGGAGAGCCAUUGUGAGGGCUGGAGAAGGUUGAAUGGGACCACGCUAUCGGGAAUAGAUGUAAGAGGAGCUGCAGGUCGACUGGAGGACGCCGUCAGAAGCUGCGAAAGACUCGGGGUCCGCUGUGCCGGUGUGACCAGCGGCGGGCCUCUCAUGCCCGGGUUGUACCAAGCGGUGUUGAAGAGAGGUAGCCGCAUCUUUCCAUCCACGUCCCUGGAGUCUGAGUGCUGGAUCCGCCAGUGCAGCUUCCAGGAAGAACGUCUAAUCACCGGAUCCUCAGGUCAGCGGCUAAAGCGCAGCCCCCAGAGCAGCUGCAUCAACCAGGACGAGCAGCGUGUGUACAACGUGGUGGAGUGGAUACCCGCGGUCAGCACCCUCUACAACCUCGGCACAGCCGUGUACUACGCCUCGAUCAACUGCAAGGCGACAGCCAAGGAGAGAGCCAUCCUCAGCGCCGUGGACCUUGGCACAGAUGCCCUGAUGGUGGCCACGGGUGGGACUGUCGGGGUGGCAGGCUACGCUCUGGGGGCUGGGGUGAAGACCGGUGUGAAAGCUGGAGUCAGGUACAUGCUAAACUCCAUGAAGGCAGAGGACGAUGUGGUGGUGAACCAAUCCAGCAGGGAGCGGGCAACUUUUACUGUCGAGUAGCCCAAAGAAGAAUAAUUACACUUCAGAAACAGACAGUAUGUAAACCUCUAAAAAAAUCAGAAUAAUCCUAUGGGAAGGAAUAAAUAUUUUUAACAAAAUGAUAGAUGGGGG